UAAACCGAUGAUCCCGUGAACCGACGAGAGGAUCAUGUGAUCCAACCACUUCUCUCGAGAUCAACGGUCACUGUCUUAUGGUCCCCAAACUUGGAUAACUCCGCUCACCGGUCACUGUCUCCCUCUUCGCCUGCUUCCUCCAGGUAUCUAUAUAUAAACCCAACAAUAACCACUCUCUGCAAUACCACCACUCCACUUCCAUUUCUCUUUUCAGCCUCAGAUCUCUGCUACAAACAAUGGCCAAGAUUAAGAUCGGUAUCAAUGGGUUCGGAAGGAUCGGUCGUUUGGUUGCUAGAGUUGCAUUGCAGAGAGACGACGUUGAGCUCGUCGCUGUUAACGACCCUUUCAUCACCACCGAUUACAUGACCUACAUGUUCAAAUACGACACCGUUCAUGGACAAUGGAAGCACCAUGAUAUUAAGGUUAAAGAUGAGAAGACUCUUCUCUUUGGUGACAAGGCGGUCACUGUUUUUGGCGUCAGAAAUCCAGAGGAGAUUCCUUGGGGUCAGACUGGUGCUGAAUAUGUGGUCGAGUCCACCGGAGUUUUCACUGACCAGGACAAAGCCGCUGCCCACUUGAAGGGUGGUGCAAAGAAGGUAAUUAUUUCUGCCCCCAGCAAGGAUGCUCCCAUGUUUGUGGUGGGUGUCAAUGAGAAGGAUUACAAGCCUGAUCUUAACAUUGUCUCCAAUGCUAGCUGCACUACCAACUGUCUUGCUCCUUUGGCUAAGGUUAUUCAUGAUAAGUUCGGUAUUGUUGAGGGCCUUAUGACUACUGUCCACUCCAUUACUGCCACACAAAAGACUGUUGAUGGACCAUCAAUGAAGGACUGGAGAGGUGGUAGAGCUGCUUCCUUCAAUAUCAUUCCUAGCAGCACUGGAGCUGCUAAGGCUGUAGGGAAAGUUCUGCCUGCUCUCAAUGGAAAGUUGACUGGAAUGGCUUUCCGUGUUCCCACUGUUGAUGUAUCAGUGGUUGACCUCACUGUGAGACUUGAGAAGAAGGCCACUUAUGAUGAGAUUAAAGCAGCUAUCAAGCAAGAAUCUGAGGGGAAGAUGAAAGGAAUCCUUGGUUACACUGAAGAUGAUGUUGUGUCAUCUGACUUUGUUGGUGACAAUAGGUCAAGCAUUUUUGACGCCAAGGCUGGAAUUGCAUUGAAUGACAACUUUGUGAAACUUGUCUCUUGGUAUGACAACGAAUGGGGUUACAGUUCACGGGUGAUUGACUUGAUCUGCCACAUAGCCUCUGCCCAAUAAGCAGCUCAUAGUUAGGAGUAAUCACUUGAUGUGGGACCUACUCCUUUCCGGCUUAGGAUGCAGUUUACAAUGAACCCAGAAAAGGUGUUUUGGGAAUAAUUGAGCCGAGGAACCUUUUAAUUUUUGGGACUUAGCUUUUUUAAUAUCAUGUGGUUUGAUUUUAACUUUCCGCUGGGGUUUGCAUUUCCCCUUGCCUUGUAUCCGUUAUUUGGAAUUGGAAAGUUAAUACAAUUAUCUCAAUUUAUUUA